AUGGUGUCACUCGAGCCGAUUGAUCUAUUCCAAGGACGCCCCGCACCAGACCUCCUUCCAACAGAACAUCUCAAAAAUGCUGCUGUUAAAGCCCUUUCUGAUAAAAGCGUCUCAGACCCCGGUCUAGGCUACGGACCUGAUGAGGGAUAUUUCCCAUUGAGACAGAAUAUAGCGAGUUGGUUAUCAGCUUUUUACGAGACCCAGCAACCUGCCAAUGCAGAACGUAUCUGCAUCACGGGCGGUGCAAGCCAGAAUCUGAAUAGUAUUCUGUCAGUUUUUACUGAUCCUCUUCUGACCAGGAUGGUCUGGCUGGUGGAACCUACCUACCAUCUCGUUUUUCGCAGCUUCGAAGAUGCGGGUUUUCAUGGGAGGAUGAGGGGAAUACCGGAGGAUGAAGAGGGUAUGGAUGCCGAUGCUCUCGAGGGGGCUCUGGGGUUAUUCGAGGAGGGUGAGGAUUCAAUUCCCGACAUGGCUAAUAAAACUUCAAUCAAACCCCACAAAUCCUACCGCAAAAUAUACAGACAUGUCAUUUACUGCGUCCCAAGUUUCUCGAACCCCUCUGGGACGACGAUGACCACGUCAAGACGCGAGUCGCUGGUCAGAAUAGCGCGGAAAUUCGACGCACUGAUCGUGUGCGACGAUGUCUACGACUUUCUCAACUGGGAUCUGCAAGAUGUGAAACAUACGCCGAGUUCGUUCCAGCGCCUUGUUGAUAUCGAUCGCACUCUUGACGGAGGUCCGUCAGAUUACUUCGGGAAUGUGGUUAGCAAUGGUACUUUCAGCAAGCUUAUAGGCCCGGGAUGUCGUGUGGGUUGGGCUGAAGGGACGGUGAAGUUUGCAUAUGGUCUUUCUCAAGCGGGCCAAAAUAUUUCCGGCGGUGCACCAUGCCAGCUCAUGUCGACUUUCGUCAAUGAGCUUCUUGAGGGUGGGAUUCUGGAGCAGCAUAUCGCAACGGUUCUUAUUCCACACGGUCGUCGGCGACACUUGGCCAUUCUCGCUGCUGUGAAGGAGCAUCUCAGUCCUCUCGGCGCGAUGAUGUCUUCUGAUAUUAACUGCCUGCUCCUCUCACGGCGGCUGAGGUUUGUCGGAGAGCAUCCGAGACGCAAAAUUUGA